AGGGCCUUGUAUAACUUGGUUAAAUCUUCACCUGGUCUGAAGCUUGAAGAUAAAAAGUUGGGGGCCUGGUACUUCAGUCUUCCAAAGAAGGACAGGAACUUAAUCCAGGGAGAGGGAGGUCUAUUUACAUUUCUCUUGUCACAUCCUGGCCUUACUGUUUCUGAGCAGGCAGGACAGCAAGUAGUACAUGUCAAGCAGGAAGAAGUUGGACCUGCUGUGGCUAUGACUUCAGAUUUGAAUACGUCGAGAAUGCCAACGUUUUACGGAGUGUCUCAGUGUUGCUGUCCAGCAGGCUGCUCCUCAUGCGCAUUGUGCAUUGGUCCCCCACCAGUGGUGGGCAAGAGGCACUACAUGACAGGAGAAAAAGCGACAGCUGCUGCUAUUCAAACCGAUGCCAGUGGAGCGAAGGAGUGGACAGUUCCAGUAACAAACAGCAGGGGCGCUGUGGGCAGGGUUGGCGGCAGCGGUGUUGGCGACGCCCAUGGAGACCUUGUGAUCCACGACAGCUUCCAGUCAGCAUGUGACCUCAGCCCCACCUCGGCGCCGGUGCUGUCUCCCGGCACCAGGUACGCCCACUCUCAGCGUCUCUCCAGAGAGGGCCUGAGCGGGCCUCCAAGCGCCGCGGGCACCAGCUCUGCCAACGUGAGCGCGCUCACAGCAAACACAUCGUCUGCACUGCAGGCCAGCUUCUCUCUGGACGUGGAGCUGGAUCGACAGAGGAAGAUACAGGCGCAGGGUGCAAGAGGCGGAGUGUCAGCUUUGGCCCGCCCCCCUGCUGUCCACCACCAAUCGGAUUUUAGGAUGGCGACGACAGCAGCAGCACCGCUGAUAGACAAGAGCUACAUCGACAUUGCGCAGGAGACCCCUCCAGAGUACUACAGCUUCAACAGCACCGCCUUCGACCAGACGUCCGCCGAGUGGAUGCCUAGCAAAUCAUCAGACCACAGCCAGUACGCAGCAGCGGCGGAGCAAGAUAGCGCUAGUGCAAACUCCUCUCUCCUGGCCACAAGGGGCAGCGUGGAGGAGCACAUGGAAAACAGCCUGCUGAGCACCUCCGCAUUGUUUCCCUCCGAGGCCUCGAUGUCCUCCCCGGGAGAAGAGACCCACUUCCUGGACACCACGUCCGCUGACGAGAGCCUGCAGCAUCCGGAGCAGAGGGAGGAGUUUCACAGCCUCAUGGAGACGUCUGCUAACCCGGAGGAGUCGUGGCCGGACUGCUCAAGCCUGGCAGGGAACCUCUGCAUGUCUCCUCCACUCUGUCAGGGGCCGAUUGUGCAUCCAAGGACGGGCACGAGGAGCGCUCUGCUGCAAACACCUGGGAAAGGGGAGCAGCCGGGUCCUCGUCCGCAGUCUCUUACUGUCAUCAGUCCAGAGAACACUGGAGUGCAAAUGCCACCGGAAGCCCCUACUCCCCCCAGACCAGAAACUGCAAGUCAGACCAUAGAUGCCAGUGGCGACUUCCGUGCGCAUUUCACGUCUGUGCAAGAGUGCCAAGCCUCCCCAAGUACCACAGUGGCCUCGACUGAGAUGGAUUCUCCUGCACACCUCGAUCAAGACACCCAGACCUUACAGGCCUCUACUGCAGACAGGAGCGUCAUCACCGACAUCUUCAUGACAGAUCUCGACUUUGUACACAAGGAGUUUUUGAGACUCAAGAGAGUGGAAGAGGAAUUUGAGCUGUUCAAGGCUCGUCAAAUGAAGCCCCACCCGAAAUGUGGGUGUGAGUGUGGUGAGAGGUGGAAGGAGUCUGAGCUGAAGCUGCUGGCUCUGCAGUACUCCAUGUGCAAGGAGCACUGCUGGAGAAGAUACCUCACCUCUGCUCAGGGCGAACGGGACAUGCAGGGGCUUGGAGGCCCUGGCGGAGUCCCCGAGGGCCUGGUGGAGAGCCUGCAUGUCCUGGAGGAGACCUACAGCCAGAUGAGGAGACGGCUGCUGUCUGGGGCGACUCUGGAGGAGCUCAGCCCUCUCUCUGUGGACACACACAGGCUCAACACACACACUCUCUACACCCCAGCACAGCAUGCUGAAUGCAAAGCUGCCGCGUCUCACACAAAGCCAGAAGAUGCCCGGAGUUCCAAAGCAUCGACUCUGAAGACACAGCGACCACGUUCCACUAGAGCUGGUGUGAAUGAGGAGGGGGGAAACGUCACCAAUGAGGCCUGGUUCGAUGCGGAGGAAGACCUGGGGGCGCAGGCUGGCCAGGGCACCAAAGAGGAGCGGCUAAGGAAAGCCAUGGAGAACGAGAGGAGCGGCGCAGUGGGAGAUGGUGAGCACAGGAAGAUUAGCUGCCAACUUCGUGUCACAAACCUCCAUCAAGACGUCACUGAGGAAGAUCUGCUGGCUCGAUUUGAGAAAUAUCAACCUAAAGAAGUGUGCAUUACAGUAUUAAAUAAGACCAGAACCGGCAGCGUGAUGCUGAGUUCUCCAGACAUUGCUGAGGCAGCGAUGCGAGACCUCAGUGGCUCCUCCAUCCACGGCCAGCCCCUCCAGAUCUCACACACCACCAGCAGCAGCAGCAGCUGCCCACCUGCUGCACCCCCUCAGGGGGACCACACCUUCAAGAGGCCCCAACCUCCCACCACAACAACCACCACACAUGGGCCCAAGCCGAGCAGUGUCAAAGUGGCUGCCCCCUAUAACAUGCUACCCAGACCACUGAGCUGCAACAUUGAGAAGCUGGUGAACAUCAGCCCAGUGCCCACAGCUAAGGGCACCUAUGUGCCGCCGAGGCCCCCCGCCAGCACCAGCUCCUCGGCGGGCAGCUUCGACACGCUGAUGGCCCGUCUGUCGCAGCUGCACCCGCAGGUGGGCAGGCAGGAGAUAGUGGAGGCCCUGCUGGAGCUGCGGGCCCAGCACAGCGGCACCCUGAGCGGCCUGCCCAUACGCACCAUCGUGGAGAUGGCCUCUGCACUCCUCACCACCACACAGGAGGUCUCCGCAGGAGCAGCAGGAGCCACGGCCACACUGGCCUCCCACUGACCUGAACUGAACCGGGGAAGACGAGGAGUGUUACAGAUAUGUACAAUGACUGCUGGGGGAAAUGUUUUUUUAUGUUGCACUGUGGUAGCUGGGAGAGGAAUAUAUUGGAACUCAUACGCAUACGCACCCGCAUGCACACACGCGUGCUUUCAUUCGCACGCAUGCACACAAGCAGAUAAUAUGGUUGAUGGCUGUUUAUCAACCCAACCCUAAGUUUUCACAAGACAAUUCACUACAUUCAAAGGAAAUGUUUAUCCAGCUUCCUCUGUUCUAGAUACUCAAUUGUUUAAGAUAAGAUACUGUUCCACUGUUCCACAUGAUGCUGUGUUUUCUAUAUUCACUAGCUGCUGUUCUUGCAUCCACAAUGGGUAGAAAGCUCCAGAAUGUGGGGCUGAAGAAUGUUAUAUUUUAGUAGGUCUACAGAUUUCGUUGUACUAGAUACGUGUACAGUUGUUAUGAUAAAGCCUGUACUUACUUUUUGUUUGUUUUCAUAGAUCUGUUAGAUCAGGAUCAUUUAUUAACUAAUUUCAUAAGGUGAACACUUAACAUUGUUUAAAACUAGACUUAGAUAUAUACAUUAUACAGUAUACCACUGUAACCCAGAAAGUGAUUUUCUUACAUGACCAGUUGUAUUUACAGAGCCAUAUUUCGCCACAAGAUGGCGCUGAUAUUUUACUUUUUGAGACAUGUUCGAUUAAAAGAUAUUGUAGUGAAAUAUUUA